AUGGCGAGGCAAGCAAUCCUGCGUAUCAGCAACAAGCGUGCUCUCCCCCUUUCCGAUACCGAGUUCGCCGACGACAAAAUGGGUGCGUUCAGCGCCUUCGUCACCCGCAGAAUGGAUCCCGAGGCCGCAGAGAAUAGCGGCUUGCGGAGAUGGCGCAGACGUGCGAAUACGGUCGCAGGAGGUAAGUUCGUUUCGUCUGGCAAGGCUUGGAAGGGCAGUGAUGCUGACAUGGCGUCGCGCAAAGGUCAGGACGGCCACGAUGUCAGGGAUUCUUGGGUCAAGCGCGCGGUGAAGGGUCUCUGGGGACGUGUCCAUAAGAAUGACGGUCGAUCGAAAGAUGCGGAGGCGACUGGGAAUGCGUUGAGGCUCGAGUCGGACAACAAUCUUUCUACGGGGGUGAGACCACAGCUGCUGAUAUCUGCUCCUAUGGCUUCACCGAUACCUGCACAGUAUACGCAAGAACAACAUCGUCUCGAGACUCAACCGUCCUCUCCCAUAGCCGACCCGGUCUCCCCCUCAACGACCAUUACCACCACCCACUUCGGAAGCCCACUGACACGCUUUCCUCGUCAUACACAUGCGCUAAGUCCCACGUCUGACUGGAUCCCGGCUUCCACGAGUCCCCGCAUCUCGGAGGUCUCUACCGCCGUCGAGUGGCCCUCGAGUUCUGAUCGAUUCGUUGACCCCUACAACGAGCUCAUCAACGGCAUCGAACGGUUUCAAUUCGCUCUUCUUGUGGACUCCAGCACCAUUAACAACAUUUGCGGCGACGUACGAGAUGUACUUGAGAUAACUAGCAAUAAUUUGCUGACCGUCGGAUGCGACCUACAAAGGCUGCUAGCCAUCUGGCGCAAGAUCACCGGCAACGCAGCGAACGUUGCGGCGCUUGAGUCGCUGCAACCAUGGGCACUUGUAAGCAAGAAGCACGUCGCGAAAGCCUGCGUAGACAUGAAGAAAGGACUUCAGUCCUAUCGCGAAUGGUCGGACAUCGUGGCUCGCAACAAGAGGAUAGCCCAAUCUCAGAACGCGAUCAGUCAUGAAUGGUGCGCAGCCUUGAACAACAAGAUGAAAGCGCUCGACGUGCUCGAAGCGCUGGACUUUGACGAUGUUGCUGCUCAGGUGGAGCUUGUCAUGGGAAAGUGUCUCGGCGUUGAGGAGGAAGUCGCGACUCCAGGUGGACCAGCUGCACCUGCCAGCAUGACUAACAUGUCGCCGCCUAGCGCCGUCUCCAGAUGUUGCCGCACUUCGCCUUCACUGAGCAAGCGCCUGUUCACCUCACUGUCGCGACCGCGAUGUGGUUCGACCACAUCGCAAGCAAGCCCACGGGCCUCGCAACCAACAUCGCGAUACUCGCAGUUAUGCCAGUCGCCUACACCUACGCCAUCACCCUCACCAGCCUCGGUGCAAUACGGGAGCCAGCCAACUCCGGCCGUUGGAAGCGCCUCCGGUCAUGUUCAGCCUGCAACAGCCAGCUUGAGGUCGACUGUGUCUACCACAAAUGCGCCCAGCUAUGCCCGGCCGACGAAAGCAAGCCUGGGAUGGUGCCAAGCGACAGCCAGCAACAGCAAGACUGCAUCCGGAGUCGCGUCAGCAUCUCAGUCGCACCGUCCGGUUUCCGCAACCCACGGUCUCCGGGCGACUCGGAUACAACUCCAGGGAACCCCAAACGACGAGCACAGGGGCCCCUCACCUGAUCUCGAACACGCUCCGCCCGUCCCACCCAAGUCCAUCAAGAGACUGAUACCCAGGGCGUCCUCCCCGUUGCCCGCUCACCUACGCUCGGACUCAGCCCUCUCUCUAUCGCUGAAUGACGUGGCCACUACCCGGCGUAGUACCUGCUCUUCAAUCUAUACUAACAGCAAACUUCCCGUAAAGACCAAUGGCACGAGCAAUCCGGGGUUCCUUAGAACUGCUAUAGCUGAUGCGCAGACCGAGCAUGACGCGAACACGCCCCGCGUACCUACACCGCGACCUAUGCGCGACAAGCUCGCCGUCGGCGUCGAUCACGGUCGGGAUCCCAGCCCCAACACGCAUGAUAUUGCGGUCAGAAUGGAUGAGAUACGCGCGAGGAUGAGCCGGAUGACGGCGGACAUGAAGGCAAGGAAGGUGGAAAGAGAGAAGAACCUCUCGACACAAGAUGGACCGACGGAAGCUAGAGAUGAUGCGCACGCCCAGGAAGGCUAA